CCCAACUUAUAUCGCGACUUCCAAGAUGGCUGACGCUCUGCUGCGACACUUUCGAUCAAGCUUACCAGAAGAAGUCGCAACGCAGGUCGCACAUUCCAUCGAGAAGCUCGAAAGUGGGGAUUACGAAGGCAUCCUGCGAAGUUCUGAGGCCAAAUUACUGUUUGGCCAUGAACAGGAUGAAAACUUGCAGUCCGUUCAACUGAGCGACUUUGACACCUGGAAUGACUUCAUUUUCCAACGACUGGGCGUAAUUCUGGCAGACAGAUCGAGAGCCGAGUUGCAAGCCGUUGUCUUCUGCAUAGGAUAUGCAGCACUUCUGGCUUUCGUGCAAUCGAAUGUUACCGGCCCACCACUGGCUUUCGACGUAGCGGAAUUGCUAUUGCCAUCCGACGUGGCGUCCGACAAACAUGCUCGCCAUACAUUGCGACAGAAGCUACUUGCCGGAUUCACCGUGGAUGGAAUUGCCGCGUACAAGCUCACGCCAAACAUUGAGCUUUUGUGCUUAGCAGAUGCCAUCUUCACAAAUCCUGCAGUCUUGAAAAACAUCAAAGCUGCGAGAUGGGCAAAGUUGAGAAGUGCUUUCUUCCAUCAGCGGCUACUAUCUGAGGUGUCUUCAACGAUCCAAGAAGUGAUAUACGAUGAUCUUGGCCUACUCGAUGAUGAAUUAACAGCAGCAAGCGACGGCACGUUGCACGUCGAGUUCCUGCUGGAGCGAGCGAGUAUACACAUCCAUCAUGGCCUCGACAAAUUCGCGCGAGAGGACUUGGAGAAGGCCAAAGCUGAGAACCAAUUUCAAUUCGCACUGGUGGGAAUGCUUGGGAAACGAACCAAAUAUCAGCAGAAAGACGUCAGUCAGCUGGUAGUGCUGGCAAAGAGUGUUGAAGAUGGGGAAGAAGUCGCAAAGUCUGCAGACUCUACCACCACUGCCACCAAGACUAAACCAGAGAACCUGGAUCUCAACGAUGACACACUGCUGGAAAGCAUAUCGUUCACCAAGGACAAGCCCAGUGACGUGUCUCUCACAGAAAUGCAAAAUCUGGAAUCUCUACCGACCGUACUCCAGUCACUUGAUCCAGGCGACCAGCCGAAAUUACAGCCUCUCGACUCCACCAUCUUGCUCCUGGUGGCCUCGUCAAUCACAAAUACAUCACCGCAGAACGGCCUGACGCGAGAAGAGACACUUCCGUACGCUACACGAGUCCUAGACGGCGGCAGCUCGAACUGGCAAGUGUACACGCAAGCUCUCCUUGUCCGAAGCCGGAUCGAGGGAUACAAGUCUCGAACGAUCGAGAGAGGUCUCCUUCAGCUGCAAGCAUUGGUCGAUCAAGUCAUUGCAGAGACAACACCUGAACACUCUUCCAGCAAAGAAGACUCCGAAAAGCCAGCAGCAAUUUCAACGUUUCUGCCGAAAGCGACAGAGUCUGAGAGUGCGCCAGUUACGGAGCGAGUGAGGUACAUCUUCCAGCUUGCAACUCCCACAAGAUGGGAGCUCGAGGCGGAGCUUGCCUCUCGAUGGGUUCAAUUGGGUGGACUUCGAUCUGCUCUUGAAAUCUACGAGCGACUCGAAAUGUGGGCAGAAGCCGCUCUGUGCUGGGCUGCAACAGAGCGUGAAGACAAAGCAAAACGGAUUGUGCGACGACAACUGUUCCAUGCUGCAGGUGGGGGCCCAGAAAAAUCAGAGCUCGAUGUUGGAGAAGAUGAGGAAUGGCUGGGCCCUGCCAGAGACCCUGCGCCUCUUGACGCUCCGCGGCUGUACUGCAUUCUGGGUGACAUUGAUCAGUCGAUCGACAUGUACGAGAAAGCCUGGGAAGUUUCCAAUCAGCGAUAUGCGAGAGCGCAAAGAUCGAUUGGGCGGCAUUUCAUGGCUGCGAAAGAUAUGGUUCGCGCAGCGGAGGCUUACAGCAAGAGUUUACGAGUCAACCAGCUGAAUCAGCAAUCAUGGUUCGCGUUGGGUUGUGCUUUGCUCGAAUUGGCACAGUUCAAGCGAGCAGUCGAGGCUUUCUCUCGCUGCGUGCAGCUCGAUGAUACGGACGCUGAAUCUUGGAGCAACCUCGCUGCUGCACUCCUCCGAACUGACGAAGACGAGUCUGAUGCGCCAGUGCCUUCUACUUCGACUGAACAAUCCGCAGCUCUAGACGAUGAAGACGAGUUGCAGCCUUCCAAGCAAGCAGAGCCCACUGCUAGCGAAAAGCGUCAGCAAGUCCGUUUCGACGCCCUCAAAGCCCUCAAGCGUGCGGCUUCACUCAAACACGAAUCACAUCGCAUCUGGGAGAACGUGCUCAUUGUCGCCGCUUCUCUACGACCUCCCUCGUACCAAGACAUCCUCACCUCUCAACGACAAAUCAUCCAACUCCGUGGUCCUACAGACGGCGAGAAAUGCAUUGAUAUUCAGAUCUUGUCCAGUCUCGUCAACCACAUCAUAUCCUCGAAUGAAUCCGGCUACGAUCCCAAUGUCCCAGGUCUCACCCGCAUGACAGUAAAAUUCAUCGACGAGCAUAUCGUUCCCUUGAUCACAAGCUCUGCGGAACUCUGGCAUCUCGUAACAAAACUCGCCUUGUGGAGAAAUAAACCUUCGACUGCUCUAGACGCCGAAGAAAAAGCUUGGAGAGCUGUGACGAAUCAGCCGGGGUGGGAGAGUAAUGGGAAAGAAGAGCAGUGGAAUGCUGUGGUCGAGGCUACAGUGCGACUUUGUGAUAGUUAUGAGAGUUUGGGGCCGAAGGAGAGGACAGAAGGAAUGGCGGCUGGGUCUGGAGAGGUUGUGAUGAAGGAUUGGAAGUUUAAGGCUAGGAGUGCGCUGAGGGGGAUUAUGGGGAGAGGGAAAGAUUCUUGGGAGGGAACGGAGGGGUGGGAGAGGUUGAGGGAUGUUAUGGAGCAGUUGAGAGGCUGAGAGAGAGGGAAGGAUUGAUGGACCGGCGAAAUCUUUACAAAGCUUCUACUAGAGCAAUCUCAGUGCCCGAUCGCCCGCAGGCGAUACGUUGCGUAGGGAAUAUUUGCUCUUCACUAGCUGCAUAACUUUGUUUUGAUGCUUCGCAAACGUCCGCACUUUCAGCGUAGGCUUUCGGAAAGUGCAUGUCACGUUGAGAGCCACCUGUAAGCCCAAACGAGCUUGAAGAAGCAC